CUCUAAACCCUCAAGCUGCUGUAAACUGCUGAUCGUGAAGAAGAGAUUUCCGGAGGAUCCCGGUAGAGUUGCAGUGUGAUGAACAGUUUGUUUCGUGCAUACUUUUCUGCUUUACUACCAAGGGCUAGUAGUAUAAUUGUCAGGGGUGUAUAUUAUGGACAUUCUGCAGCCCCCUCAUGGAAAACGAAUUUUAAGUAUGUUGAUGAUGGAGGUACCAAUUUGAGAUUUUUGUUCACACGAAUUCGCUGCCAGUGCUACUCCACUAAGAGUUCUAAUAAAAAGAAACAGUCUAAGGCAAAGGCAAAGUCAGUGAUGAAGGACGAUAAAGGGAAGAGUUUGAGUGAUUGUCAGGCUCAAGUUGGGAACUCGGUAUUAGAUCCUCCUAUCAGUGUAUAUAAAGGUCACGCUAUGCGCAAGGAUGCAGAGAAACAUCUUCAGUCCUGUGGCCUUAAGAAUGCUCUUUAUGCUGGGAAGAUUGCAACCUCAGAAGUUAGUCAGGAGGUGUUUCAUGUCCGAUUGUUCAACCUCCCAAAGAAAAAGAACAUUCACAAAGAUCUUGAUUCUGCUUUCAAAGGAGUUGCCGGGAUUCUUCAGAUUGCCCCAGUUGUUUCUGGCAAUAAAAAAACUAGGGAACCUAUCUGUAAAGGCCUGGCCUAUAUUGAUUUCAGAACUGGCACCGAAGCACAUAGGUUUGUACAGAUGUUCACAGGACAAAGUAUCAGUUUUGGGAAAGUUCAGGAGCAGAUAACAUGCAAAAUGAGCGGAAGCUCGCUUAAGUCUCUGAAUGAGCCUUCUGCUGAACCGGUCUUUACUGCUCAACCAGAAGUGUGUCGCGUGAAUAAUAUGGGACAGACAAGGUCGACUAGAUUUGAUACUGAAGGUGAUCUGGUGCCAAAAUAUGAUGAUGAAGUUUUGGAAGAGGAUCACAGUCUACCACUAUUGAAUGGGGGUGGUCCAGCAAAAAGGAAGAAUGCAUCCAGUAUCAAGUCACCAUCCUCAAAGAAAAAAAAGGGAACUCAGGAGAAAGAGAUAAGGGUGCCAUCUAAAACAAAGAAAGGGAGAAAACCGAAGUUGAAUAUUCCAGGAUCUGCAAACAGGUUGAAAAUCAGGGAAACAGCAGCGCUAGUCGGGAUGUUCUCCAAGGUCACUUCAAGGAAGGAGAUUUUAACUUCACUUUCAGUCAGUGUUCUCAAGGCUUCUUCACUGCAUCGAGGAGGCGCCCCCUCAUGGAUUACUAAUUUUCAGUAUGUUGAUAAUAGAGCUACCAAUUUGAGAUUUUUGUUCACUCGAAUUCGCUGCCAGUGCUAUUCCACUAAGAGUUCUAAUAAAAAGAAACAGUCUAAAGCAAAGGCAAAGCCAGUGAUGAAGGACGAUAAAGAAGCAUUCUUUGUAGUUAGAAAAGGGGAUAUUGUUGGUGUAUACAAGAGUUUGAGUGAUUGUCAGGCUCAAGUUGGGAACUCGGUAUGUGAUCCUCCUGUCAGUGUAUAUAAAGGUCAAGCUAUGCGCAAGGAUGCAGAGAAACAUCUUCAGUCCUGUGGCCUUAAGAAUGCUCUUUAUACUGUGAAGGCUGAAGAUCUGACGGAAGGAAUUUUUGGCACUCUUGUACCUUGCCCAUAUCAGCUCCCUGCUUCUGUGGGUGAAACCUCUACUCAACUUGUGUCAAGGAAGAGGCCACAUGAAGCACUGUGGUCUGCUUCUGGGCUCCCUGCUUCUGUGGGUGAAACCUCUACUCAACUUGUGUCAAGGAAGAGGCCACAUGAAGCACUGUGGUCUGCUUCUGGGCGCUCUUGCACUAUAGAAUUCGAUGGUGCUUCAAAAGGGAAUCCUGGUCAAGCUGGUGCAGGAGUUGUGCUACGAGCUGAUGAUGGAAGCUUGGUCAUGAAGUUACGUGAAGGUUUAGGAACAGCUACCUGUAAUGCUGCUGAAUAUCGAGCUAUAAUUUUGGGGUUAAGAUAUGCACUUGAUAAAGGGUUCACAAAUAUUCGCGUCCGAGGUGAUUCAAAACUGGUUUGCAUGCAGAUUCAGGGUUUGUGGAAGGUGAAAAACCAGAAUAUUUCCCUCUUAUACGAGGAAGCAAAAAGGUUGAAGGACCAAUUUUCAUCAUUCCAGGUCAUUCAUGUGCUGAGAGACUUAAACUCUGAGGCUGAUCAACAGGCGAAUUUGGCCGUUGAUCUAGCUGUUGGUCAAGUGCAGGAGGAAAUCGACAAGUAAUUUCUAGUUGAGCUGCUCAACUACAGAACUCUAUCAGUAUAGUAAAUACAUGAUGACAUAUUUGGGGGGUUAGGUUAUAUUGGAAGAUUUGAUCUGAAACUGUUUAUAAAUGGUGACAGCUUGAUUCCGCAGUGUUCCAAUUUAUCAUAUUUCUAGUGUAGAUUAGGGUAAUGAAGGUUGGCCAUUAUUUAACUUUUGUUUUAUCGCUGUAUCAACUUGUAAAAUUUCUAAAUUGUAGUUCAAGCCUUAUGAAAUCCCUUCCAUUCCAAGUUUCAACUUUUAUUCGUAGGAACAAUCAAGUUUAUUAGGACACGUUAAGCUUUAAUUUUUAAAUCAUUUCAGGAUGACUAUUGCAAGUUAAUGUUGAGAAUUCUCCUUCGUCUUUUUUUUUUCC